GGGGCAUCGUGGGUGGGCUUGGAGGCUCCGCCGGCCCAGGUGGUGCGCCGGGGAGCUCGUCGGCCCCCUGCACUGGGCCCCCCGGGGGAGGGGGCGUGCGAGAGGGGGGCGCCAAGCAUCCCACACGCGUCUUCACCCCCCAGAAGGCGGGCGUCAGCGAAUGCAGCACCAGCUCGCUGCUGCUCUCAGGCUUCGUCUUGAGGCCUCGCCUUCCUCUUGUUCCGAGCCUUCGUGCGACUGGGUAUUCGUUGAUCGAGCACUGCUGGUGCUGCUCCUCCUCAUCCUCCCCCUCUUCCUCUCCUCUUCCCGCCUUCGUAGCCAUUUGGGCUCAAGCUUUCGGAUCAGCCCUAGCCACGCUUGGGAACAUACAUCGUUAUACAUAGUUCAUAUUCAGUCAGCGCCCAACUGGGCCCACACUCUUUCUCACCCGAUGGCAGUUGGGACCACGAUGGUGAAACGGAACGUCCAGAAGUGUUCGUCGGGGUUUGCCGCCCAAAUUUCUCUCGUAAGUAUCGCAGUGUUCUUUACGAAUUUCUUCGUGUUACGCCUGGUGUGGACUUAUCCGUCCAGCAUGGCGGGAGGGACACAGGUUCAAGUAGAAUUCUUAUUGGUGUUGUGGUUCGUUGUGUUCGCCCACUUCCUGGAUGCUUCCAGGUCGAGAGCCACGGAACCAACCACCGAUACGAAGAAGCGUGUUGCGAAGAAGCGGGUGAUCGACAAGUUGGCUCCUGAUGGUCGACGUCAGGUUGGUUCCGCAGUCCCCACGGCAGACGGGGCGCCGCUCGUGAAGCAACACCUUUGCCAUGGCAGCUCCACGGACACGGCGGAUCCAUCUGGACAGGAGAAGCCCGUCGACAGAGGUCCGAUCUGCACAUCACCAGCUGCACCUUGGCAGUGGGCUUGCCCUGCAAGACCUCCAGAGUUUUGGAAGUGAUGCACAGCUGCAUCCGGCUCGUAGUCAGGAGAGGCAGCUGUGAAGCUGUUCGACCAGAUGUUGCAGACUGGUCCCCCUCCCAACGCACACCUCAUUGGCAAGGCCGUAUCACACAGGUUCUUCACGCUGGUCGGCGAAACUCUCGAUCAUAAGCGCAUUCAGGAAGACGGAGUACGGCUUCUUGAGCUUAUUCAAUCGCUUCGCCCACUUCACAGGCCCACAUUGUAUCAACUUUGGCACUUGCUUGCCUGCUCGCGGGGGCUGAGAAAGUGGUGGGUUGCGGUCGAUUCCCUGACGCAUGGGAUCGCACCGUCGCCUGCGACCCAGAAUCGCUUGCUGGAAGCGUGGAGAAACCAGCUUCCCGAGGUCGUCUUGAAGUAUUUCAUCGAGAUGAAGGGCGCAGGAAUCAGCCUGAGCAGAUGGGCAUAUCGCUACAUCGUGGUUGCCCACGAGCGGUCCGAUCCAGCAUUCGCACUAAAGAUUUACAGUGAGAUGGAGGUGUUGGGAAUUCAGCUUGAUCGGGCGGCUUACAAUGCAGUGCUAGGUGCUCGGUUUCAGCUUGGUAUGCUCGACGAAGCCGAAGAGUUGUUCCAGCAGAUGGUAUACAGCUCGCUGGUCCCCAACGAAAAGACGUAUGGAAUCAUGAUCAAGGCCCGCGCUGCCAGUAACCAUCAUGAGGAGGCCAUUGCUCUCUUCGAGAAGAUGCAGGAGCAGGGGUUUGAGCCCGAUCGGUACGCCUACCAUCACGCAAUCCGUUCGGGCAUCAUCUUGCAGCGCGUCGAAUACGCCGUCGACUUGUACAACGGCAUGGUCCAGAAGAAGGUGCCACCCCUCACGAACACCGUUUCCCUUUUGAGCGGAGCGUGCCACAGUGCCGGCUGGCACGCUCUUGCGGCCGAGCUGGCGACGCACCUGGCGCACGCCAAGGCGGCGGAGACCGCACACGGCGCCCGAGCGCUCGCACGAGAUCCUGCGAAGAGCGCCGGGUACAUCCCGCGCGCGCCCCAGAGGCGGUGCGUCGCCUGAGCUGACUGUCAGAGGGGGGAAGAAGGCACCGAUGCCAGCACCCUUCCCGCAUUUUCCCCUUUUUUGGGGGGCCUCCUGGGAAGCCCUCUUCGCCAUGGCUGGGGUCGGCUCGAGAUUCUGGUCAGAACGCACCCCGGGAGAGGUCCGCGGCAAAGCGGUGUCGGUGCCUUUUGGUGCCCCCCGAUUGCAUGUGACAUGUCGUUUGCAGU